AUGCUACAGGAGAGCUUAGGUGGUGGCGGAGAUUCGGCUACCAGCACAAAGAGAGCACAAGCUCAGGUGCAAAAGUUGCUACAACUCGCUUCUGUCAGACCGAAUGCUUUGACUUUACGUGAAUAUCGCGAGGGAUUGGAGGAAUGUCUAAAGCCGGAAGGCAUCCCCGCUAUGAAAAUUCUUGGGUUUCAACUCGCUGGAAUUGGUCCUGGCUGCUCCACACACGAAGUCUGGAAGUUCAUCAUGGAAGCGGUUGUGAACGAGCUGGGCAGUUCCGAGAAUACGUCAGCGUUGGCCGCUGCAAUCCCAGUACUUAGACAGGUUCCAUUGCCUCUUGUGCUUGGCUUUUUGCUGACUCCCGAAAGGGAGCCCAUGAAUAAGCUGCGUUCAAUUCUGACUCACGAGGAUAUCGAAGUUCACUGCAACGCUAUUACGACGCUGUCGCAAUUAACGUUAGACGUGGCUAUCAAUGUCGCUGGGGACGGACUGUUCGUCUUCCCAUUCGAGUCGCACGAGGCACGAAUUUGCUGUCAGCAAGAUCUGGAGACGAUGGUCAACGAUUGUUGGAAGCUCAUCUUCCACACCCUGUCAUUUGACGGGCAAUCUCAGAGUGCUCCUUGGGCUGCUGGUACCGCAUUUACGGCUUUAACGAGCUUGUUCGCACGUUCCAGUACGAUGGCUCCAUUCUUUCCGAGUAUUCAGGAAUCUCUCCGCGUCCAAGCACCUAUCGAUGAUGUCACUUCCGUGGUCUACAAGCAAGCCUUCCCACGCAUUCGAGCGCUGAUAGCUACAGCACGUAGUCUACCCAUGAAGCAGCAGCCAGACGCGAUGCUGUGGAUUUCGAUGCUACUUUACACGAUGAUGGAACGGAGUGGGGCGAGAUGUCCCAGUGUGAGUGUGCCGUACAUGGAAAUUGAUACCGAAGAUAACAACAUCGAAGACGGAGAUGACGACGACGCGCCUCAUGCUUCCACUGAGCCUGUUCGGGUGGAUGAACUCGUGCGUGGUCUGCUCGAAUCCUGGGCAUUUCCUACCGUAUCCAGACGCGUGUCGCUGGCUCAGGCUACGAAUAUGUGUCGAGCUAUCUUCAUUCUGUUGGCGCACCCCUUACAGACGUUCACUCGCAUGCGGUGGGCCGCUCAACUGGCCAACCACUUGAUCGCACAGUGCUAUCUUGCCAACCGAAGCAACAAUAACGGUGUCUCUAGUUCCGAGCUCAAGCUUGAGCUCUGUGGGAUGUUGGUGAAAACCUUUGCCUGGCUAUCUGGCGUCAACUGCCAGUCGCUCUUCGUGCGUACAACUGAAGCGAUUUACCUUUUGGAUCAUGACAAAGACCGACGUGAUCUCGUGCAGACGCUCAUGGACACGAUCGUCGAGCAUGUUGUCGUCAAUCGAGACUUUCAACUGCUCCAAGGAUUGUGCACAAUGGCAUUCUUCAGACAACCCAGAGGGUUCUCACGGCUAUCACCACGAACGAAUGGCUCCGAAGUGUUUCGAGCACUGUUUCAAGCUCUUUCCAAUACGAUCGAGCUGUCGUCACCACCGCGACGUAAUGUGGAGCAUCAAAUAUCGCAGCUUAUUGCUUUGAGAGUGUUUCGAGGGCUCUUGCUACUGAAAUUAGGUGGCUCAGCUACUACCUCGCCAAAGGCGUAUCUUCGCUCUUGCGAGAUGAGCGAGAACAUCGUGUACUACACAGGAUUACUAACCUCCCAUUUCCAGGAUAUGCUGGCGUGUCCCGAGCUUGCACUUCGUGAGUCUUUAGACUUUUUCCAGCAAGAACUGCUCCCUACCAUGGCCCAGAUCGCGUCUCAAUGUGCCCGUCUUCAAAUACUUUGGAUUGGCGUUCGUCUCCAUCGUAAUUACUCUACUCACGUACCUUUCGACGCUCUAGUGCGAGAGCUCCAGUGCGAGACUGGCCGGUUGUUCACUGCUAUCUGGAAUGACGACGACGAGAUGGAAGGAGCCACUUUCGACGAUGGUUUACUUGGUGCCGGUGUCGAGGAAAUACCUGGAAGUCGGGAGCGCGCAGGCGAUGCUAACAACGUCGACGCACUGAUGGUCAUUGGCGACUGCAUUACACUACUAGCUCAGCUUCAGCCACAAACGCAGCCACAAUUUCUCCAACUGUGCGAGAAAAUGAUCGCAACGUUAUCAGCAGCGGGAAGUCCCCCCGCGAUCACAUCCCAGCAGUACCGUGUGAUUGAAGAUGUAAUGGCACAGCUUUCGACACCGCCAACAAAUUUAGCAUCAGCACCGGAAACUCACUUUUCGAAAGAAAUAUUCGACCCUCGAGACAUUUUCCUACCACGGAAACACGUUGAAGACAUGGACCGUCCUAACGAUGAAGAAUAUCGAGAGCCGAUCACUGUUUCCGGUAGUUCUGACCCCGUCUCCAUCCGGAUAUCUCACCACCACUUCCUGUCUAAGAAGGAAGAUGUGGUUACACUGGAUGUCAGUUGCUGCAAUCUCACUACUUGGGCUUUGAGCGAUCUGGAAAUCCAAUUCCGCCCGCUUGGGGGUGUCGGGGUUGUUCAAUGCGUGGAUACAUCGAAAGAUUUAAAGUUACGUAUGUUACGUUCUGGAGAGACCGUCAGUGUUGGUACAAGUGGAGGCUGCACGAGCUUACCGCCAUUUGGUGUGAUUAAAGCUCAGAAGAAGUUCCGAGUAUGUAAGUUCACACAAGUUACGCUCCUGCUGCAAGCAGUGCUAGUCCAAGAUCCUAGCCAAGACGGAGACACGAUGGGGGACAUUCCUGCUGAGGAGACAUCUCCCACGCCAAUCUAUCUGGCAUUCAGUGACCGAUACGUGCUGCAUUUCGACACGUUACUGCGACUUCCGCAGCCUCAAAUUGCGACUGGUUCAUUCUUCCGGCACUGCUGGCAAAGCGCUAACUCGGGUGUCUUGUGGCGAGUCAAAGCUCCCGAAUCAAAAGCACAGAAACUCGGAGCUUGCCAGCACGCACUCCACGUCAUGAAUGCAAAGCUGGCUGUUGUUUCCGAAUUGCUACUCGACCUGCCGAUGCACUUUCACAUUGCUAUGGUCACUCAGACACGAUGGGGAUCAUACAUCACCGCUGUAUUGACAAUGACCCUCGAGUCCGAUUCUAGUUGGUCGGGUGUUCUGGAAGUUCGGUCAACCAGUGAAAACAUCCGAGAGUUCAAAAAAUGGCCGAGAGACACGACUCGUCUCUUUAGCGGAGAUCACGUGCGUCUCUGCAACGAUCCAGUACCACAACGCGAGCCUGUCCACACGUCCACACCACUCAGCAACGCAGCCAAUACUGCAGCACCAUUGCCAACAGCCCCAUCGCCAUUCGACGACGCAUUCUCCACUCCUGUACCUGCUCCCAUGCAACCGAUAGAUCGGCCAAUGAGCAGCGCCGCCUCAACCUUCACGCCGGACGUGCGAUCCACCACGAGCUUCCACAAAGACGUGAGCGUACCCACGGACCGCAGCAUGUCUUCCUUCGCGCGCAGCCAACCAGAGCAAAUGAGAGCCCCCGAGACCACCCCAGCUUCGGAUGAACAGUGGGGCAACUUCCUGUAG